AUGGCACAAGAUAACGCCCCCAACGUCACUCCCACGCACACAGACAACGACGCAGACACCUCCAUGUCCGACGCCGCAACCCCCCAACCCGCACCCAAACUCGAAAAACCAGCCCACAUCCUCCAACAAACAACCUUCCGCAAGCCAACCUGGUCCUACCUCCAUCUAGCCCUCACAUCUCCCUCCUUCCCUCCCGCAACCUCACCCCCAACAACCGACAUCUCCCCCCUCCUCAUCUCCCCGCUCCUCACCUCCGCCCUGCGCACAUACCUAGGCACAAUGGGCGCGGCGAUCCCCAUUGAUAUACUCAAGACGACGGGACGGGAAGUGUGGAUACGGGUGCCGAGGCAGGAUGUGCGGGGUGUGAGGGCUGCACUGGGAAGUUGGGUUGGGAGGGUUGAGGGCGAGGAUGUGGGGGUUGAGGCGGGGAGGAUUGGGGUUGCGUGGAGGGUGUUGGGUGGUGCUGGGGUGCUUGGGGGGAUGGGGGAUGGGAGUGAGGUGUUUAGGUGA